AUGGACGACGCUUCCAAGACCUUGGUCAUUGAUAAUGGGACAGGGUUUGUGAAAGUGGGCUACGCAGGCUCCAACUUUCCGCAACAUGUUUUUCCCUCGGUAGUUGGUCGACCCAUCUUGCGUGCAGAGGAAAAAAUCGGUUCUGUCGAGAUACGGGAUAUCAUGGUUGGCGAUGAAGCAGCCGAACUUCGGUCUAUUCUACAAAUGUCGUAUCCUAUGGAAAAUGGAAUUGUAAAGAAGUGGGAUGACAUGAGGCAUCUGUGGGAUUAUACGCUUUUUCAAAAGUUAAAGUGUGAUCCAAAGGAGUGUAAGGUGUUGUUGACUGAGCCGCCGAUGAAUCCGUUGAGUAAUAGGAGAGAGAUGGUUAGGGUCAUGUUGGAAGAGUAUGGGUUUAAGGGAGUUUACGUGAGCAUCCAGGCUGUUUUGACUUUGUAUGCUCAAGGUCUGAUGACUGGUGUCGUCGUUGACUCUGGAGAUGGAGUGACUCAUAUAGUCCCAAUAUUUGACGGCUAUGCCCUACCACAUCAGACGCGUCGAUUGGACGUUGCUGGGCGAGAUGUGACGCGAUACCUUAUAAAGUUGCUUCUACUCAGAGGCUAUGCUUUUAAUAGAACAGCUGAUUUUGAGACUGUUAGACAGAUGAAAGAGAAGCUUUGCUAUGUAAGUUACGAUCUUCAAUUGGACCAGAAGCUAGCUACUGAGACGACUGUGCUUGUAGAAAACUACACGUUGCCAGACGGUCGUGUUAUUAAAGUAGGAUCAGAACGAUUUGAGGCUCCAGAGUGCAUGUUCCAACCGCACUUGAUUGACGUGGAUCAACCUGGAGUGGCCGAAAUGCUCUUCUCGGCAAUUAAUGAUGCCGCUCUUGAUGUGCGACCUGAACUCUACAGACAUAUAGUCUUGUCUGGUGGAUCAUCCAUGUACCCUGGGUUACCUAGUCGUUUAGAGAAAGAAUUGAAGCAACUGUAUUUGGAAAGAGUGGGAGGCGGAGAUGGAUCCAAGUUACAGAAAUUAAAAAUUCGCAUUGAAGAUCCUCCCCGACGUAAACAUAUGGUAUUCCUGGGUGGCGCAGUGUUAGCUAAUAUCAUGAAAGACAGAGAGAGCUGGUGGAUUACCAAACAAGAGUGGGAGGAGAUGGGUCCACAGUGUCUGGAUAAAUUGGGAAAGGGCGGAAGU